AACAAGAUACUACUCAUGUAACCAAAGAGGAACAGGAUCAGUUAAUUGUACAGUCACAAGAAAUAAAUGAGCCACGUGAUGUUACCGUCAAAACUAUAACAGAUAAUGUUACAGUCACCUCACACAACGAAGAGAUACCAGUAAACUUAGAAGAAGCUCCAGAGUGUGUUACCGGAAAGGAUGGACAUGUGCUUAGUGACAAAUUUGUAGGAAAGACGGAUACUUACACUACUGAAGAAGCCGACAACUUGUUACGUGAUGAUCACGUUGAGAAUAGUUCUGAAAAUGCGAAGGAAGAACAAAGUGAAGAGACUCAUGUCUCUAAAGAAGUUAUUACUGAUUAUAAAACCAAUGGAGCCAUUGAAAAUAUGACUACAAAACUUUGUGAUGUUACCAUGACUACUAUCUUAUCAAAAGCUCAAAGUGAAGUUGAGUCGAUUGGUACUUCAAUAAACCACAUUGACAAUCAAGAGACUGGAAAUACGCCUAAAAUGUUUGUUAUUGAUGCCACAGAUAAA